GGGUUCCAGUCCUGUUCGGGCGGAGCGGGACAUGAGUCCUCAGGAUGAGAAGCAGCAUCGGAAAAGUACGCCGAGGAGAUCUUCGCAAGUCCCCCGAGAAGACUUCGAAGCCCCUUCCUCUCCUCCUUUCAAGCCCCUCUGCCCUGCCAAACCCUCCCCCAGUUUCCUGGAGCUUCCAUCCACUCAGUGGAGACCCAGCCCGGGCCUGUCGUACACCCAAGCAGCUAGGAUUGGAAAAGGAAAGCGACAUUUCUCGCCUGACCAUCAGCCCCAGGAAUGCUUCGGCCUCCUGGAAUGCAUGCACAACAACAUCCAGACGCAAACGCAGAUUGCUCAGGCCCAGCUGUCCCUCCUGGAAGACAUGCGCGAAUCCAUGAACAUCCUCCUUUCCCGGCAGGAGAGGCAAAACCCAGAGCUGGCGAGGCAGCCGGAGCAGCGCCCCCCGAGGGGCUCGUCUUCCUCUCCCCGCCCCAUCAGCUAGCAGCG